CAGGUUUCUUCUUCUUUCUCUAUUUGUCUGAUCAGUUUCCCUUUUCUCUUUCUCUCCUGUGCUCAUGGAAGAAAGCAACAACUCCGCCGUUGUGGAUUUCCCUGACAACUUUAUGGACCAACUCUUGUGGGAGGAGUGCUGUGAAGAAGAGGCAACGCAGACCGACCAGGCAUUAUCAUCAUCAUCAUCAUCAUCAGGGUUGAAGGAGAGGGUGGCUUGCGCCAUGGGGCACCUGCAGGAGGUAAUGGGAGAGAGGGAGUUGCUGAUCCAGCUGUGGGUGCCUGUUGAGACAAGGAGCGGACGAGUGCUGAACACGGUGGAGCAGCCUUACUCUAUCAACACCUUCUCCCAGAGCCAGAGCCUGGCCCUCUACAGAGACGCCUCAGCUGGCUACAGCUUCGCAGCAGAGGUUGGGUCGGAGCAGCUGGUGGGGCUGCCUGGGCGUGUGUUCCUGAGGAGGAUGCCUGAGUGGACCCCAGACGUUCGGUUUUUCAGGAGGGAGGAGUACCCUCGCAUAGGAUACGCCCGCAGGUACCAAGUUCGAGCCUCCCUCGCUCUCCCACUCUUCCAAGGAACAUCCGGGAACUGCGUGGCCGUGAUGGAAAUGGUCACCACUCACCGCAACUUGGAGUAUGCCUCCCAGCUCCACACCAUCUGCCACACCCUUGAGGCCUUUGAUCUCCGGACUUCUCAAGCCUCCAUCGUUCCAGCUUCUCUCAAGGUCACUUCUUCUUCUUCAUCAAGAACAGAGGUGGCCUCUAUUCUCCAAGGCAUCUGCAGUUCACACGGACUCCCUCUAGCCGUCACGUGGGCUCACCAAGACUCCUCAUCCUGCCUUUCGGCUCUAAUCUCCGCCUCUUACGCCGCUGACCAAGACAGCCGCUGCUUCCUGGCCGCCUGCUCUGAGCACCAUCUACUCGGGGGCGAAGGAAUCGCUGGAAGAGCUUUCGCUACCAAGAAACAGUGUUUCGCAACAGAUGUGGCCAUCUUCAGCAAGUGGAGCUACCCUCUCUCCCACUACGCCAGGAUGUUCGACCUCCACGCUGCUCUUGCCGUCCCUAUCCUGACCAGAGGCAACCGCACUGUUCAAUUUGUUGUCGAGCUCUUCUUCCCGAGAGACUGUCUUGACAUCCAAACUCAGAGCCUGACCCUCGCCUCCCAACUCAAGCUACGCUUCCAAAGCUCACCACAUCUGAUGGUAGACGACAACCAAAUUGCACAACAAGUGAGGGACGCAGCCACACCACCCCUGACACAAGAGGAUCCCAAGGGCAAACAAGUGUCGUUUUCCUUUUCUUCUUCUUCCUCUCUAGAGAACCGAAAACGCAAGACAAAGGCUGAAAAGGAUAUCACUUUGGACACUCUCCGACAACACUUUGCUGGCAGCCUUAAGGACGCCGCUAAAAACAUUGGUGUAUGUCCCACAACCUUGAAGAGAGUCUGCAGACAACACGGAAUCUCAAGGUGGCCAUCGAGGAAGAUCAAGAAAGUAGGACAUUCUCUUCGAAAACUGCAGGUGGUGAUGGACUCUGUUGAAGGAGUUCAAGGCUCUCUCCAUCUCGCCUCCUUCUACUCAAGCUUCCCUCAGCUUCAAUCUUCUUCUUCUUCUUCUUCUUUUCCUUUGAUUAAUCCAACCCAAACUGUCCAUGUGCCUCCAAAGUCACCACCUUCGUCAUCUGGCAGCCAGGGCUCUUCAGGUUCAAGCACUUGUUGCUCCUCCGAAGAGCAACAACUUGGUGGCUUCCAAAACCCAUCUCUCAGUCAUCCACAGCUGCUUACUCUAAGCAGCCUGCACGAGGACCAGAGGCCAGUUCGUGUAACCUCAUCCCUACCCCCAUUGCCAUCCUCAACAGCUCCAAGGAAAGCAAAGGAUGGGAUGAAAGUGAAAGCUAUGUUUGGAGAUUCAAUGCUGAGGAUGAGCCUGCAGCCCCACUCGCGUCUCACAGACCUCAGAAGAGAGAUCGCAAAGCGGUUUGGGAUGGACGAUGUUUUGACAAGUAACUUCAGUCUCAAGUAUCUAGACGAUGAUCAAGAAUGGGUUCUCUUGACGUGCGAUGCUGAUCUUGAGGAGUGCAUACAAGUCUACAAGUCCUCUCUUAAAGAAACUAUCAGAAUAUUGGUUCACCGUCCUCUUUCUCUUCCUUCCUUUGGUUCUUAACUAAAUCCUAAACCCUUUUGGCUAAUUCCAUCAUCGUCCAUUUAUUUUGGCUUGGUUUGUAUAUCUUUUUUAUAUAUGCAACAUACUUGUUUGAUCUAAAUGUAUUUAGUUGUUGACUUCUUGUGAUCCCUUUUUUCCCCUUCAAAUACUAUAUAAGAUGCUAGCUUUCUUUGAAGCUAUUAUGUUUUUGUGAGAAACAUUAUCUAUAAUAACCUACAGUUGCAUUG